GAGUAGGUCUGUCCUAACUCCUGACUAUUCGAUACUUGCAUCUUAUGGAACUCGGGUUAUUACGGAAUAGGUACGAAGUACAUAUGCAAUGUAAGGGGGAUGGUGGGUGUCUUGGAUCCCAAAUCUUAUAUGUUUAUCGACAUAUGCCCAUCGGUUGGCUUCCAUUCCAAUGUUGCAUAAGUUGAGAUCAGACGACGAACGGCACUCAUAAACACGAUGACAGACGAUGUCAAGCGCCCAUGGGGCUAUAGAUGGCGUUCAUCAAAGAUAUUUAUCCUUUCAACCGUCACGAUCGCCUUGUUCGCUGAGACCUUCCUUUAUGGAUUCGUGGUCCCCGUUCUGAGCUACAUGAUAGAAGUUCGCCUGCAAAUUGACCGGUCGCAAACUCAGCGUCUCACCACUGCACUACUCAGUAUUCACGGCUUCGUUUCCCUCAUAUCCGCACCUCUCAUAGGCCAUUAUGCGGAAAUGUCUCCAAACAGAAAGACCCCGCUGCUUAUGUCCCUAGGAGCAUGCCUUGCAGGAACGAUCCUUGUGGCAUAUACACCUUCUCUUUGGGCACUCUUUCUGGGGAGAAUCCUACAGGGCGUGGCAGGCUCUGCCGCAUGGAUCGUGGGACUUGCAACACUGGCAGAUCAUGUGGCAUCAGACAACAUGGGAAGCACUAUUGGACUAGCCAUGUCUAUUGUUGGAGCUGGAACUCUGGGAGGGCCCAUGGCCGGUGGCGCUCUACUGGAGCUGGUAGGGUACUGGCCUAUGUGGACUGUGCCGCUUGCAGUGCUCUUACUAGAUGUUGCUGCACGAUUGAUAAUAAUCGAGAAACAACAAGAAAUCUUACUCCCUAGUCAUCGCCCCUCGGAAUCUUCCAUGAAAAUCUCGUCUACAUUAUCCGAACUCGCCGAUCCUCUUUCCCGCCAGGGGACAGAGACCUCCCCAAUCCUUGCGACUUUCUCCGACACGUAUCAGUCUAUCAUCAACGAACCAGCACACUGCAAACCCGUGGAGAUCAAGGAGGGUCAAGGUUUCUACACCAUAAUACUCCGGAAUGGCUCCGUUCUGGCAGGUCUAUUCCAGACGCUCGUAUACUAUUGCAUUGUAGCCAGCUUCAACGCUACACUACCACUCCACCUUCGUGAAAUAUUUGGUUGGGGAAGCUUACCGGUAGGAAUGCUCUUUCUGGCUCUACAAGGGCCUUUCAUUCUGCUGGGUUCCACCUUUGGGAAGCUUUAUGAUCGCCUAGGUCCCAAAUAUCCGACGACGGUAGGCUGGCUCCUAAUGAUUCCGCUCCUAGGAUUCCUUAGCGUUCCUGGGGAAGUGCAAUUUCCGUGGGCCAGUGCAGAGAUUCAUGGGCCAGCUAUUGUUGUUGCAAGUGUGCUUUGUAUCGGUAUUGCUUUGACUUCAGUGCGUGGUGCAGGGACUUUGCAACUGAACGAGGUCGUGAAUCGUUUGGAGUCUGAGAAUCCGGGGAUAUUUGGACCAAACGGGGCCAGAUCCAGGGCAUUCUCUCUGGCAGAGUUACCAGUCAACCUUGGAACCAUGGUUGGGCCCUUGAUCGCAGGUCUAUUAUCCGAGGCCGUCGGGUACUCUUGUACGAACUUUGUUCUAGGCAUAAUGUGUCUCAUUGCUGCAACGCUUUCAUGGAGAUUUCUUACUAGCAGAGAUAGGGCGCAGGAGUAAAGGCUGCACAGGCUUCAAAUGUUGUUUUGUUCAUCACCACGUCUGCUCGGCUUAGAACUGGCCAAUACAUAAUGGUAAAAGGAAAUUUCGAAAGGGAUCUUCGCCCCCAUUGAUUACUCGUUUUAUUAUUUUGCCGAUACCGGAGCCCAUCAAAGAUCUUGCGGAUUGGCUCUCGUGGAGAAAUUUGAAAGUUGACACAGAACCUAUCUGUCGACUUGGCAAAUUGCCAUCACGCGUUCAACGUGAUCUAUAAAUUCAUAACCCGCACAUCAGGUCGAUCAAAAG